UCUUUUCUAAUAAACUCAAAUCUUUUACGAUUUUUUUCGAUCAUCUUUGUGUGUCUGACUGAGCACUCUGAGAAAUUGAGUUUCUUUUCCUUCUAAAUUUAGUAGGUUUCCACUUUUCUGCCAGUUCUAUUUUGGGUAUAAGAAAAAAGGCGGUGAUGAAUACGUGUUUUUCGGAUCUUUUUUAAUUCGUGGGUUGCCCUCCGAUUUUAAUUCCUGGGUUUCCAUCUCUGCUUUAGAAUGCUGGGUACUCCUUAAGAAAAAACUUUGAUUUAGGGGCGUGCGAAGAUUCAUUUAGAUGGGAGGAAUUUAAAUUUAUCCAAAUUUUAUCCGAUGGGGCUAGAGAUCAAAGUCGAUAAUGGAUAAGUUUUUCGUUGUUGACUGAUUUUGAAAUCGGUCGACCAACCAUCGAUAGAUCCUGAAAUGAUAUUUGUUUAACAGAUGGGGAAGUUUUAUAAUUGUAUUGUGGGAUUGGGCGACAAGGGUUUUUUCGUCGAUCAGUGGGACUACUUCUCUGAACCCUGCAUCCAUAAUGAUGAAGCAAUUGCAGAUUUGGUUGUUUUCUACUUUUCUUUAGCUGCGAGCAAAUUCAGUUUAUGCCAGUGUGUGGUUUGACAGCGUGAUGCUUCUUUUCCAUUUAUUAACAAAGCUAUAUGGUACCUGGAAGAUAUUCUAAAAUGAAGGCGCAAGCAGUUUAUGAUGUCGAACUUAUCAGUUCUACAGAGAGUAUAAAACAUGAAUUUUGGCCUCUAGAUCCAAUCGACCCGGGUCAAGCAAAGUUUCCAUGCUGUUUGGUUUGGACACCUCUUCCUGUUGUCUCUUGGUUGGCACCUUUCAUUGGUCAUGUUGGGAUUUGUAGGGAGGAUGGAGUCACUUUAGAUUUCGCAGGAUCAAAUUUUGUGAAUGUUAAUGAUUUUGCAUUUGGUUCUGUUGCAAGAUACCAUCAACUCGACCGAGAAAAAUGUUGCUUCCCAACGUGCUUAGCUGCACAUAAAUGUAAGCAGGGCUACCAGCAUUCACAGUAUGGAACUGCCAUUACUUGGGACGAUGGCCUACAAUCAAGUAUACGGUAUUUUGAGCAUAAAUCGUACAACCUUUUUACGUGCAACUGCCAUUCCUUUAUUGCCAAUUGUCUGAACCGUCUUUGCUAUGAUGGAUCGAUGAGUUGGAACAUGAUAAAUGUAGCAGCUCUAAUUCUGUUCAAGGGGCAUUGGGUAGAUGCAAUGUCAAUUGUAAGAUCAUUUCUUCCCUUUGUAGUGGUGGUCUGCCUGGGCAUUGCCAUGGUUGGAUGGCCGUUCUUGAUUGGUCUGUUGUCGCUUUCGCUCCUUUUGGUUGGUUGGUUUGUUCUGGGUACUUAUUGUAUAAAAAGCCUGCUGGAAUGUUAGAUUUGGAUGAACAUUUGUAGUUGAGAAUCAGCUGAGUGAUGGUGCUCUAUCUAUCCAUUCUUGUUUGCAACUUCGAGAGAAAAUGUCCAUAUUGUUGAACUUUGGACUUCAACAUUGAGACACUAUUUUGAUUAUUUUGAAAGCUUCAGCAUCGAGGUUGAUAACAAA